UUUACUGUAGUGAAUUCAGCAACCUUACUUGAAUCUUCAGUGCUCAGGCAACCAUUGUACUUCAUAACAGGGCUACGACAAGGGGAUCUCUUUAGCUUCAAAAUCAACCAUGAUCCUUUAGACGAAGCUAUUGUGGUCAAACAACCUUAUUCACAUAACAUUGGAUCAAGAGCAGUCAAACUGUUGUGUGGUCACAGUGGUGUUUAUGCUCUCUGUGAGCAAUUAUGGCGACUGACAUGUUCAAUUAAGGAUCGCAUUCAAUUGGAGCAAGUGUUAUUGCCUAAAUUUGACCGAUUUAUGAAUACGAUUGCUCCUUUGGAUUGUGAUGUGCCUUUGCUUUGGAAUACGGGCGAAUCCUUUGCUGUUUUUGCAGAUGACAGACUUUAUUUGUUUCAAUUGAGUCUUGAAAGCAAGAUCAAUACCAACAAAAUUUAUCUUGGCCAAACGCCAAAAAAAGUUUUAUAUGAUAAGACAUUGAAUUACAUCAUUACUGUCACGACAGCUAUGGACUCUGGCAAGCGUAAAAAUUUCAUGCGAUUGAUUGAUCCUUCCAAGUAUGUUAGCAUAUCAUGA